CACCUGAACAAUUUUUGUAGCAUGACCUUUGAUAUGAGAGAGGUGUUUUCCGCUUCUUUCCUAAUGAGCCUUGUUGAAGAGAAAGGUAAUGCGCGUUUUAGCGAGUAAAUCUUGGUUUUGUAAAGCUAACCUGUCCAGACCUGCGUUCAAACAGACCUAAUUCUGAAUUAACCGAGGAGCUUCCCAGCCAGUAAAUCUGUUCGAGCGGUUCCGUUGUUGGUUAAAAACUGCUUAAGGACUCGGUUCACCAGUCGAAAACCGAGGUUUCGUCACAUUGCGUCACAGACGCAAGUGAAGUGAAGGACUGUCCGGUAACGCUCGCUCCUCCUGUGUGAAUCUGACCCCAACGUGGUGAACAGGUUUGUUUCUGAAUCGCGAAAAUACAUGACAGAGAACGGGCACGUAAGAUAUCGUCAGUGCGUGUCAGAGAAGGACGGAGGUUUAUCAAGAACUACGUGCCACCACAGCAUGGAAAGGCUGCUCGCGCUUUUCAUCCUAUGUUUUACCGGCGGUUUGAGCUGGGCCCGAAAAGUGUCAGUACCACCAGGACCUUUGGUUCGAGUGGAAGGUCAGGCAUUGUCUUUACGCUGUGAAGUAUCAGACUAUGAAGGCCCCCCGGAGCAGGACUUUGACUGGAAAGCAACACGAGGUUCAGAAACCAUCAAUGUCAUCUCCACCUUUGACUCUUCGUUUCCAGACCAGUCUUUAAAGGACCGGGUGAUCAAUGAGGACAUCAGUGUGCAGAGACUGGGAGAUAGUACAGUGGAGUUAAGGAUUAGAGAAUCCAAAGUGACGGAUAGUGCAACAUACACCUGCAGUACCCCCAGUACUGAUUCUGUUAUCAGUGGAAACUAUCAUGCAAACGUGCAGUUAAGAGUAAUUCCUGAUACGCUGGUCUUGGUCCCUGAAGCUCCAGUCUCCUCGGUCACCGAGGGCAGAUCCAUCAGUCUGCGCUGCAACAUAUCCUAUGACUUCAUUGAGGGAAUUUACCUGUCAAUUACCUGGUCUAUUAAAAAGGAGCAGUCACUAGAAGAGGAUAUCUUUACCUUUGGACCUGAUGUGGGAGUAACUGUUGGUUUGAAUUUCACUCUGCGGUAUGUGGAUGGUGGAAUGCAUCUGCAUCUGGACAGUAGGGGCUCCUACAGCCUGGUGCUCUCUGGAGCAGUGCCUGCUGAUGAGGGAGUGUAUGUGUGUGCUGCCAGACAGUGGACCAGAGAACAGGGUGUCUGGAACAGGAUACAGGAAAAGACAGCAGUCAUGGGUCGAGUGGCUGUUGUCCCAACAGCUGAAUCCCUCACUGUGCAAGUCCUGGGCAACACCUUCCUCACCAUAGGAGACACUCUGAACCUUACCUGCUUGGUUUCUGCAGAUGACUAUGCUGUCCUAGGUCUCGAGGUGACUUGGCUACUAAACGCCACACAGGUUCUUACCCAUCUUGGUCGAGAUGGCAUAGUGGCAAAAAGCUCAAAUGUAUUGGGCAUAACCCAGGUUGGAGAAGGCGUUUUCAGACUGGAGAUUCAAAGAGUUGAGCUAUCUGAUAUGGGAUUCUACUCAUGCAGGGUGAGGGCCUGGGUGCAACACAGCAAGGGAAAAUGGUACCAGGCUACAGAGAAAAGAUCAACCCCUGUAGAGGUGCUGGUUAACCCGAAAGAUCCAGCGUUCACUGUGGCUCUUGAUUCUCCAGUUGUAGCGCAGUACUUAGGCGAUCCAACAGAGCUUGUGUGUCAAGUGACCAACAUCUCUCUCUUCCGGUGUGAACGACUGGGUGUCUCCUGGUUCUACUCAGCAGCCUCACCUUCUAAUGGCCAGAGGACCACUGACAUCAUCGCUUCCCUGAAUGAAAAUGGGGCUCUUGUUCCCAGUGAGAAAUACAGGAGCCGCAUUGACUCAGGACUUAUCGUCGUGACCCAUAUGGAGCCACCCACCUUUAAGCUCCGCCUCCUCCAUACUGCAAACACAGAUGCAGGUGAAUAUGCUUGCAGUGUUAUGACAUGGGCACCCACUCAUCAUGGAAACUGGAAAAAGUCAUCAGAACAUCAAUCUCAUGCACUGACAGUCAGCUUGGCUUCCAAAGGGCCUGGAGUCAGUGUCGCAGCUCGUAUUGUGCGACCAGCAACUUCUACUGGCUCCACCUUUGAGAUGGCCUGCCAGGCUAGACUCAAGAACCUCCAGGCGGGCAUAUCCCUUUCUGUCCUUAUAUUGGUCCAGGAAAGCAUUGGUGCUCCCUGUCGCAAACUCGCUUCCCUCAACCCUGACCUUAUUCUCAAAUUAGAAGAUUGGCAGGAAUCCAGUCGAAAGGAUAGUCUAAGUUUGUUGAAGACUGGCAGAGAGGAGUUCCGAUUCCGGAUACAGGGCGUGCAGUUAACAGAUAAAGGAUUCUACUCAUGUGAAGUUGGUGUGUGGAUGAGACAGGAUAGGAACGAGUGGGCAGAGGUGGCGAAAGGAGACUCGAAUAAGGUUUUGCUUACCUUUGAUCACACAAGGCCAUCUUUCGAGCUAUCUAUCAGUUCAGACACCAGCAGCGUUUACCCCUGGGAAACAGUUAAGAUGGAGUGUAUAGUGAGUCUAUCAGGAACAUCUCCCAACACAGAUGAUGUGGCAUAUGAGAUACAGUGGUAUCUGAGUCGAUUACGGGGAUCAGACAGUCUCACACUGUUGGCCAGUAUGGAUCGCUGGGGCAUGGUAAAGAAAAGUCCUCGUAAUGACUCCAGUGACUGCAGUCUGGAGCGCCUGAAAGCCCAAAGAUUUACCCUCAACAUUCAUGGGACCCAGGACAGUGAUGCGGGCGAGUACUACUGCACUGCCACGCCUUGGAUACGAUCAGGCGUAUCAAGAGUCUGGAGCAAGGAACCGGACCUCAUAUCUAAGCGGAUCUUUCUGAAUGUCAAGUUUGCAUUAUGGGAUUCAGUAAAGUUACCUUUGCUGUACGGGACAUGUGCCUCUCUCUCCGUGGGUCUCUUCUCCCUCAUUCUAGGCUUUGUCUGUGCUCGUUGCUGCUGUAGAAACACUACACACACACCACGCUCUCGCAUCAAGCUCAUGGACUUGGAGAUAGACUGACAGGCACAGCAUACAUAAAGCUGUUCUUCUCCUGUCUGUGCACUAUGGCCACAACAUGACAGAACCUUAGAAGAGAGAAAAUAACUGUGGACAGAAUAAGAAUAAGCAUCUUCCAAACCAAUGAAGACUCCCAAGGGAAACGAUGGAUCUGGGACUUAAUAUUGUUAGGAUUUAUUUUCCUUCCUUAUUUUUAAAUAUGAAACAGUUUUACAGAGGUAAAGUAUGUUGUAAAAGAUGAAAGAUGAAAUUGUACUCCUGAGACUGUGAGGGUGUUUCAGUGAAUCUGAUAUCCAAAAACCUCUUUCUGUGUUCAAAUGAUGCAACAACACAUUCCAAUCCAAAGUGUGAAUUCACAUUAUAUUGAUACUAUGAACUUAUUAACUAUGGUUCUACACUGAGACUGAUUCUUUUAUAAAAACAUGACACUAAUUGUUUAAAUAAUGUAAUGUUUCAACCUAUGUGACAAGCACAAAUGCACUGAUAAAGCUUCCUCGUUUAGGUAAAUGUUAACUCACUGUCUACAUCAAAGGAAGGUCUUAAGGGUUCAGUCACCCCACAUUUUUCCUCCUUAAGUUCUACACAUGUUGGGAGAACAAAUUGGAUUGCUUUGCUAGUUUUCAAUGACUGUGCUGAAUUCUUCUGGACUAACAUACUAAUUAACAGACACAUAGUCACGUCACUGAUAACCUGUUCAACUACCUUCCAUCCUAGUAUGAGCAUUUUGACCAGCUAAACAACACAACAAAUCCACUGAUGGUAUGGUUUAAACUGUGCCUUAGGAUCCUUUUUGAAGACUCUUCUACAGCGUAUGCUAUUGGAUAAUUCCAUCAAACCCCUCCUAAGAAGCGCUCUCUUCCUCAAUGGCUCCCCAUUUCUUAGAGCUUUGAUUUAAUACCAUGUAAUAAUAUUAAAGAAGAACCCCCUACACCACUAAACAUAACUGACAAAAGCACAGUUGUUUUGUGGUGUUUUUGUUAUUUUUGUUAUUGUUUUUUAUAGUAUUUUGGAUUUUAUGAUGAAUGUUUUUCAGCCCAGUUGAGUCUAAAUUGUGUAAGAUAUGGUUCUCCUAGCUGGAAUCAGAUUUUUCUAUGACAGAUUCUCUAUUGGUAUAACAUAGGGAUAAUAAAUGUUUUGUAUUUGGUU